AUGGCUGCCAACGAAGAGCAGGAGAGCGACCAGCUAAAAUCUUCGAUUACUCUGCCACUGCAAGAACGGAUGGGCAGGAAAGAAGAGGACGUAUCGCGGCACUCCAAUAUACCACAGAGACCGCCAUUCAGUCUCGGCUCUCUCAACAGGAAGAAGAUGGAAGAGGAGCGACUCGCAAGAAUCGCUACCAAGCGGCAUCGCAUCAUAUGUGACGAGGAAGAUGCAGUGGAAAUACCAGAACCGAAACGAGUGGCAAUACCAGCGAUGAAUCAUACGAUUGCUAAGACCACGGUGCCUUUUCCGAGGGGCACGGUGAAACGGACAUGGGCUCUUGGGUAUGACAGGUCACCAGACGACAUCAAAAUAGAGGAAGUGCUCCAAAGGGACAGGCUGCUGCUUGCCCUAUUUUCCUCCUUCCAGUGGGAUGAGGCGUGGCUCUUGUCUAAAAUUGAUACUUCGCGUACCAAAAUAUUACUGGCGGCUUUUGCAAGCGAUGACGCCCAGCAGAAACAGGAAAUGCGUAUUAAUAGCCCCAAGAAUAUCAAAUUCUGUUUUCCGCCUAUGUAUGGCCCUGGGUCCAUGCAUUCCAAACUACAGAUACUAAAGUUCCCCGACUACUUGCGGAUAGUAAUUUCUUCAGGCAAUCUAGUCCCAUAUGAUUGGGGCGAAACGGGUGUAAUGGAAAAUAUGGUGUUUCUAAUUGACCUACCGCUCAAGACUGCAAACGACAUAGGUCCAACAUCAACACUAUUCUUUACCCAUCUACAGCAUUACCUCCGGGCCAUGGGCGUUGAUAAUAGCAUGAUUGACAGCUUGUCAAAAUACGACUUCUCUGGAACCGAGAAUAUCGGUUUUGUAUAUUCCAUUUCCAAGACCUGGAAGCCACCAAAGCGAGUCUCUAUCUCGGGCUGGCAUUAUACCACGCUUGUCAGGCUGCCAGGGCGUGCUGGAAUGGAUAAGUCGGAGUUAAAACAUGUUGGAGCCGGUCCAAGUCAGAGGUCUACCUGGUCUGAACUCCAGGAUAAUUUUCGAAUAUACUUCCCGACUCACGAGACGGUCACAAAAAGUCGAGGAGGGAAAAAUGCGGCGGGAACUAUAUGUUUACAGGAGAAAUGGUGGCGUGCCUCGACUUUUCCCACUGAGUUAAUGCGCGAUUGUGUCAGCACCCGGGAUGGUCUACUAAUGCACACCAAAAUCAUCUUGGUGAGACACAAGAUCAGCCCAGAAGCAGGUACAAACGAAAAACUUGCGUGGGCAUAUGUUGGCAGUGCCAACUUAUCAGAGAGUGCAUGGUAA